AUGAAUUCAAGCGUCAAAGAACAAAUUCAAUCUUUCAAAGAAUCACAUAAACGGCUCACUGCAGUACUUCGUGAACGUCAAAAACGUCGCAAAUUGCAAUUAAACUCCGUGGAAGAAUUUAAGAAAUUUACCUCAAAUAGCAUAAGAGCCAAAGAAUUAAGGCAAAACUUAAUACCUAAAGUUUCGAUCCCAGUUACACCACAAAUUAACAUUUCCGUAAACAAGGUAGAAAGUCAGCAACAACAAUAUCAUGGAGAACAGACAUCGGGUCAAGAAAGUGAAAAAACUAUUAGAAAUGACUAUUGUCAAUAUUUUGUUGAUUCUGGACUCCGCCCUCAAAAUUUCAUUAGAGACACUGAAUUGUCACAACGUUUCGACGAAUAUCCUAAACUUAAAGAAUUGACAAAAAUGAAGGACACUUUGGUAGCAAAUAUGGCAACACCGGCCACUUAUUUGAAAGCUGAUCUUCGAACAUUUGAUCUUAAAUCUCUUGGAGUUAAAUUUGACGUUAUUUUGAUUGAUCCACCUUUGGAAGAAUACUGCAGAAAGUCACCGUUGAUCGCAGGUACAAAUCCUGAUUAUUGGAGUUACGAUGAAAUUAUAUCCUUAUCUGAUGAUUAUUUUGCUUUCAAGUUACACGGACUCGACCGUGGUCGACAGUUACUCCUUAAAUGGGGAUAUCGCAGAUGUGAAGAUAUUGUAUGGAUUAAAACUAACAAGAAAUGGGAGGGAAGUCGAUUCAUUGAACCUAGAUCAGUUUUCCAGCAUACAAAAGAACAUUGUAUAAUGGGUAUCAGGGGUACAGUUCGACGCAGCACAGAUGGUCAUUUUAUUCAUUGCAACGUGGAUACAGAUGUCAUUAUAUCCGAAGAACCAUCUUUCGGGAGCACAGCUAAACCCGAAGAAUUAUACCACAUUAUCGAACACUUUUGUCUAGGGCGCAGAAGACUUGAAUUGUUUGGAGAGGACCAUAAUAUUCGACCAGGUUGGCUAACCAUCGGGACCGGCUUGUCAAGUUCGAAUUUCGAUGCAAAUACGUAUGCGUCAUAUUUCAAUGAGCCUAGUGGAUAUUUACUUGGUUCUACAGCAGAAAUUGAAAAUCUACGACCGAAGUCACCACCAAUACGAGACAAUUCAGCAUCAAAAUUGGGUGGACCACCGGGCACCAUUAUGAAGACCAAAUCCAAAAAACAAAAUAACAAUGUUAUGGCUAUCCCUCAAUUGCCACAAAUCCCGGCGUUUACUCAUCGUUGGAUUCCAACGAUGGAUGUUAAUGUUUACGGAAAAUGA